CCCCCCUCACCCCCACCUCCUCUUAAAAAAAAAAAAAAAAAAUUUACCGGAACCAAUGAGCGGGGCCCGGACCCGAGCUCCCAAGGCUGCCGAUGCCCCAGGGACCAGGCUGGCUGAGGGAAAGAGCCGGAGCCCGAGGCGGCGGGGGCGGCCCCAGGAGCUGCCGCCGCCGUGGCCGUGGCCCGCGGUCGCCUCCCCGCCGCCUCGCCUCCAUCCCUUGUGCCCCGGGAGUCCGAUCCCGGGCUGGACCGUGCUGCUAGUGCUCGGCUUGCUGGCAGCCGGAGUGGCAAAUGGAUGCGAGCUGGUGCCUGGGAGCCUUCGCGGGAGGAGGACGUCGUUGGCCGGAGCCGCCGCCGCAGCCGCCGCCGCCUCGACGGGGGAGAGCCCGGCUCUGUUGACAGAUCCUUGCAUUUCACUGAGUCCUCCGUGUUUUACUGAAGAAGACAGAUUUAGUCUAGAAGCUCUUCGAACAAUACAUAAACAAAUGGAUGAUGACAAAGAUGGUGGCAUUGAAGUAGAGGAAAGUGACGAAUUUAUCAGAGAAGAUAUGAAAUAUAAGGAUGCUACUAAUAAACAUAGCCAUCUUCAUAGAGAAGAUAAACAUAUUACUGUUGAAGACUUAUGGAAAAGAUGGAAAACAUCAGAAGUUCACAAUUGGACCCUUGAAGACACCCUUCAGUGGCUGAUAGAAUUCGUUGAACUUCCUCAAUAUGAGAAGAAUUUUAGGGAUAACAAUGUCAAAGGAACAACUCUUCCCAGGAUAGCAGGACCUGAACCUGCAUUUGUGAUUUCUCAGUUGAAAAUAAUUGAUCGGAGUCAUAGACAAAAGCUUCAACUGAAGGCAUUGGAUGUGGUUUUGUUUGGACCUCUAACACGCCCACCUCACAACUGGAUGAAAGACUUUGUACUCACAGUUUCUAUAGUAAUUGGGGUUGGAGGCUGCUGGUUUGCUUAUACUCAGAAUAAGACAUCGAAAGAACAUGUUGCAAAAAUGAUGAAAGACCUAGAGAGUCUACAAACUGCCGAACAAAGUCUAAUGGACUUACAAGAGAGGCUUGAAAAGGCACAAGAAGAAAAUAGAAAUGUUGCUGUGGAAAAGCAAAAUUUAGAGCGCAAAAUGAUGGAUGAAAUCAAUUAUGCAAAAGAGGAAGCCUGCCGACUUCGAGAAUUGCGGGAAGGAGCUGAAUGUGAAUUAAGUAGACGCCAGUAUGCAGAGCAAGAACUGGAACAGGUUCGGAUGGCUCUGAAAAAAGCUGAGAAAGAAUUUGAACUAAGAAGUAGCUGGUCUGUUCCUGAUGCAUUGCAAAAAUGGCUUCAGUUAACACAUGAAGUAGAAGUACAGUACUACAAUAUUAAAAGGCAGAAUGCUGAAAUGCAAUUAGCAAUUGCUAAAGAUGAGGUUGCUGCUUCAUAUCUGAUUCAGGCAGAGAAGAUUAAAAAAAAGAGAAACACAGUCUUUGGGACUCUGCAUGUUGCCCACAGCUCAUCUCUGGAUGAGGUGGACCAUAAAAUUCUUGAAGCAAAGAAAGCUCUCUCUGAAUUGACAACUUGUUUACGAGAACGACUUUUUCGCUGGCAGCAAAUUGAGAAAAUCUGUGGUUUUCAAAUAGCACAUAACUCAGGUCUACCAAGCCUGACAUCUUCUCUUUAUUCUGAUCACAGUUGGGUAGUAAUGCCUAGAGUUUCUAUUCCACCCUACCCAAUUGCUGGGGGAGUUGAUGACUUAGACGAAGAUACACCUCCAAUAGUUUCACAGUUUUCAGGGUCCAUACCGAAGCCUCCUUCCGUGUCAUUAGCAAGAAGCAGCAGCCUGUGUCGUUCUCGCCGAAGUAUUGUGCCAUCAUCUCCACAGUCUCCACAUACUCAGCUUCCUUCACAUCCACCUCAUCCUCGGCAUCCUCAACAUAUGCAGCAUUCUUUGCCUUCUCCUGAUCCUGAUAUUCUCUCAGUUUCAAGUUGCCCUGCUCUUUACCGCACGGAAGAAGAAGAAGAGGCCAUUUACUUCACUGCUGACAAACAGUGGGAAGUACCAGAUACAGCUUCAGAAUGUGACUCCUUAAACUCAUCCAUUGGAAGAAAACAAUCUCCACCUUCAAGCCUUGAGAUAUACCAUACAUUGUCUCCUCGAAAGAUAUCGAGGGAAGAACUCUCAUUAGAGGAUUCAUCCAGAGGAGACUCACCAGUAACUGCUAAUAUUUCCAGGGGUUCUCCUGAUUGUAUAGGUCUAACAGAGACUAAGAGUAUGAUAUUCAGUCCUGCAAGCAAAGUAUAUAAUGGUAUCCUGGAGAAAUCCUGCAGCAUGAACCAACUUUCUAGUGGUAUGCCUAUUCCUAAACCCCGCCACACUUCAUGUUCAUCAACCAACAAUGAAAGCAAGCCCAUUCAAGAAAUCCCAAAUGUCCCCAGGAUAAGCAGCAUCCCACAGGACCUUUGUCAGAAUGGAGAGAAAAGCAAAAAGCCAUCAAAAAUUAAAAGCCUUUUUAAGAAGAAAUCCAAGUGAAUUAAUUGGCUGGUAGAAAUCCAUAAGUGUGGCAUCAUUAAAUCUUUCUUUAUCUUUCACUUAAAAUUUUUUUGGGGGGGUGGGGGUUAUUUUAAAAUUUUUGGAAUGUAAUUCCAUUUGGGCUUUCCAGAAAGAAUGCCAUAGUGGAAUGCCCUUAAAGGCAACUGUUUGCUUAUUAAAGUGACUCUACCAUCAGUACAUCAUACCAGCUGUCACUGACAAAUCAUUAAAAUACUGAGACAGUUUACAGUUAUUCCUGCCUAUUUAUUUCUGCUUUGUUAUUAGUUAUGUAUAUAAUUUUUUUUGAAAGCUACUUUGGACUUUCGAGCUUUAACGGACUAGUAAGCCGGCAUGGGCUUGCAAAAAUUUCUUGUUUACCAGAGCAUCUUCUUAUCUUUCCACAGAGCUAUUUACAAUACUGGACUAAGUAACUUAAAAGAAGUAAAACUAAUUGCACUACUGUUUUCCAGACUGGAAAAAAAAAAAUCUCUGCAAGUGAAACUGUCUAGGGCUUAUAAAAUGACUAAGGAGGGGAGGCUGUUUUCACUUUCAAAUCUAAAUGGGUUUUUAAGUAGAACCUAGGAUUUCUAACUGACUUGAUUUCUGGAAAUGGAAACCCACACUUUUAUUAUGGGAAGCUUCUUUAGAUGCAUUUAUUAUUCUAAAGUUUCAAGUUCUGCUGUAACGAUCAUGGUUUUUGUUUCUGUUGUUUUUUCCCCAAGGGCUUUCACUGUGAUUUUACUGCGUUGCAGGCUGUAUGAUAAAAGAUAUAAAUAAUUUAAUGAGCUGAGGUUCUUGAUUCUUUUUGCAAGUGACAAACUUGGAACUUGAUUGAAGGACUUAAAACAUUCACAAACUUAAACUGGGGGGGAAAUAUGGGCACUUGUUUACAGAUUUUGAAUAACUACAAAGGAUAUUUGGUUUGUGAAACUUUGUACUGUGGAAAAGAUAAUAAAUUGGAGACAUUA